AUGGAUAUAAUGAAGAUGUUUGGUCGUGUGUUUCCGGGCGGAAAUGCCGAAAAUUCCCUCAAGGAUGUGCCCGCUCCAGCCGAGAAGUCCUCAGCGACCGAAAAAAGUCCCAAUGGAGUUGUGCUCCCCACCUUGAACCCUGGCUCAAAUGUGAUGCUUCGACGAAGUCAAAGCCAGGUGAGUGUGGAAGAGCGGAAGUCGAAUCGGAUAUCUGUGGCGGAUUUCUCGUUCGAGACCAUUGAGGAGAAACAGUUUGUGGACGAGGAGUCUAUUCGACCAGAGGAGAUCCAAGGAUAUGAUUGGGAGUCCGUGGAUUAUAGUGUGGACACCAUGAAGUGUGAGGACGAAGUUACAGCGUUGGCAGUGUCCGACAGGUAUCUGGUGCUCCAGUACUAUAUCGAUCCCGGGAUCGAUGUGUUUGAUCUAGUCACGAAAACGCUUUUAUUCAAAUUGGAGGGCCACUCAUAUGGAGGACAGUGUCUGCAGAUUAGUCCCGAUGAUAAUGUGCUGUACUCAGGAUCCAUGGAUAAAUCUGUGAUAUCGUGGGAUCUGAAUGAUCAAGGCCGGAUGAUCGAAAAGAUAUUCAAUCACGUGGAUUAUGUUCAAUGCCUGGCUCUGAAGCCGAGAAAGUGGCUGGCCUCGGGAGGAAAAGGGGACAAAAAGAUCUUUGUCUAUGAGACGGAUGACAAAGGAAAGUUGUGGAAACGAUUCACGUUCGAAGGUCAUGAUGGGUGGGUCACACAGCUAGUCUUCAUGGACGACUAUAUUGUCUCCGGGAGUGAGGAUGCCUCCAUUCGUAUUUGGGACCUGGCUCGAGGAACCCUGUUCCGCGUAUUCCGACAAGACGAGAGCAUCACUUGUCUUGCCUUGGCCGGACCAGAUCUGCUCCUAUUCGGCGACAAAUCUGGAAAGUUGUCGUAUUUGGACUUGGAAAGCAGAACGACUGUCCACCUUUUACCCAACAUUCUUAUUGGAACCGGCCGUUAUUGCCGCUCCAGCAAGUAUCAUGACAAAGCUGUUGACGUCCUCUACGUGACCGGAAAUGGCUACAUCAUCACCUGCAGCGCCGGCUCUAAAUUCAUCAAAAUCUGGCGAAUCCAACAUAACAAAGAUCCCACGGUCCAUGAGGACACAGAAGUGACCGAGUUGCAGAUUCUUCGUGAUCAUACUGACUUUCUGACCACCUUUCAAGUCCACGAGGGCACCAUCUAUUCCAGCUCUUCAGAUGGCUUCAUCUACACUCAUUCAUUUCUCAAAGGUCAACCUCACUAUGAAAUGGCUCAAGAGCAAGAGAACAACAGUUCGGUGUUGUGGAACCAAGGGAUUGCUUCGCCGGAGAAGCCCACUGCUUUGUGUGAAGGACCUCGGCUUUGUCGAGUGGGCAAGACUGGCUUGGUUCGAUCUUCGUCCUCAUUUCAGGUCAAGAUUCAACUACAGCCCAAAGUGUGUUCGGUCGGGACCCGGAUCCGAUUGCCGCGGAUGCCAUCAAUUGUUCAUGAAGAAGUGGGCUCUUCGGAAGAGGAAGAUUCCGAAUCUGGUUACGAAGUCAUUCUUGAGACAUCGGAAGAGGAUGACGAUACCUCAGAGGAGGAGAGCGGCACUGAAGAGGACGACGAAUCCACUGAAUACGAGACAGAUGAUGAGGAAGAGGAUUUGGAACAAGAGGAUGAAGAGAAGGACAAGCAUCCGGCUAAAGCCUAA